AUGAAUCGCACAGCCUUCAAGGAGGUGAUUCAACUUGCACACGAUCUAACUAGCAUUCGUGUGGCUGUUGGAUUCAUUGCUGAUCUCAUGCGACAAGCAACGCAUGCAUUGAAAGUGGAGACGACAAUUGUGCCUCAACAGAGUGGCUGCAGUGCUGACCUCCAUCACAUUGCCUCGCGACUCCUCGUAGACUUCCUGGAGGCACAGGAACGUUGGUCCGACUUCUCCUUUACCUCCACUUCAGCUUCUACUUAUACUCCAGGCCUUGUUAUUGACGAUACUUCUCCCACCAACACCUCUGCCAACGCAGAUGUUGAACUACGUCUUGUGGAGUGCUUUUUCGCAGCUCAGAGCAUUGGCACACGACUGCAAUCACAUCUUCGUGAUCUCAUUCAAAGUUUGCAGCGCACUAUUUACCACGCUGAUAAAGCGGUCAUACCACCGUUUGCCAUUCCCUUUGUUCGUUUUAAGGACUUCGGAGAAGGAAAAAAAGAAGACAGCUCUCAAAAACUAAUUGCUUAUGCCACUGUGGAGGGUGCGAUGGCUGCGCAAGCAUGUCUCCAUCUACAGACGCGUAUUAAUGUGUGGUUUCAAAGGCAUGCUUGA